UCUCUUUCAUCCUCCCUCAGUGACCUGAAGCAGGAGCUUUACAAGGAGGGCAGUCGCUGCUCCCUGCUCUCCCGGCAGCAUCGCUUCAACGAGCGCCGCUGCAUCCGCUGCAGCUCUCCCUUCACCUUCCUGGUCAACCUCAAGCGCCAGUGUCUGGACUGCCAGUACAACGUCUGCAAUACCUGCAGCUCCUACAGCAAGAAAGACAAAGCCUGGGUCUGUUCAGCGUGCCAGAAGGGCAGGCUUCUAAAGACCCAGUCCCUGGAGUGGUACUACAACAAUGUGAAGUGUCGCUUCAAGAAGUUUGUUAGUGCCAAGGUAAUGAAGACAAUAUACAGAAAACACCUGGCGGAGCACGGAACGCUGGGAGAACUCACAGAGCACAGCAUGGCAGAGACCUUCACAGUGGCACUGAGGGUGGCAGGGGAGGCCAUCUACAAGGCAGAGGGACACACCGACAAUCAGAUCAUCCGACGGAGGAAGAACCUGGUUGAGAUGAAGCCAGACUAUGACCUGGACUGGCCCCCAAACAACCAGAGUGGUGACCAGCCCUUGGCUUCAAGCUGCCCCAGCUCCCAGAUCACCACAUCAGCCCGUGCCAAGGCCUCUCUAUGGUGCUCUGGGGUUUCCCAGGACUCUCAGCAGGGGCUGAAGGAGGAGGGAGGAGCGGCAGGGUUGGCCAGCUGGAAGAGUGUUGACCACCUGGACGACUCCAGUGCAUCCUCAGUGCUGAAGAGCCCUUACGGGAAUUGGAUCGCCUUGCAGAGCACCCAGCUGUCUCGGCCCAGCCUGCUGACCAAGAGGAAGUUGCUGGUAUUCAGUGUCCUGGAGUGGGAGUUCGGUGUGAUAUCCGCCUACAAUGAAAUGGGCUCUGACGACGCUGAGGGGGGUGAAGGGGCCUGGGGUGCUGCCCUGCUGGAGAUAAGCAGGAAAAUGACCUCCAACGCCAACAACAACCAGGGGUCAGAGGCUCCAGACACCCAGGCCUCUGCUGGCCAGCAGCCCAGCAUCCCAUCACACUCGCUGGGCCACCACGCCAGCACCGACACCCUCAACUUCGAGUCUGAGAGGUACUCGGCGGUGUCACUGCGCAGUAUCACCACUGAGGUGCUGAAGGUGUUAAAUGCGACAGAGGACCUACUCCAGGGGGUAGAGGGGGAUGACUACACCACCUCACUGUCCCCCAACACUGACACAAAGAGGCUGGACGAACAACUCAGCAAACUGGAGGAGAACGUCAGUUUGUCUGUGUACGUGGUGGCGGGCACGGCUUACGGCCUGGAGGCGGAGCUUGGCGACCUGGAGGAGUGUGCCCGGGCCAUCGGCAGUGCCACCUCAGACCUGGAGCUGUACUACCUGGAGGAGCAGGUGGCAACGGCUGCUGCCCAGGUGCAGCAGUCUGACCUCCAGGUGUCGGACAUCACAACCAGGAUCGCAGCUCUGAAGAUCGCAGGUCUCAACAUAGUCCCACAGAACCGCUUUUCUAAGCCCAAGAAACAGCCUAAGCCACAAACAUUUGACUCGUCACGUCAAACGAGGAGGCGGCUACCUGCUCCACCCUUGAAGGAUAAAGAAACAUAAGCCGGAUUGACCAGGCAUGUUGACACCUGCCAUGACUCCCCCCACACCAGUGCCUUGAGCCCCUUGUCCAGUCAGGAUGGUACCAUCAGUGUCCAGUAAGAGGGGUGCUAUCUGCCUUUAACCAACCACCAGGACACUACAGAGUACAGACUGACAGUUUUACCACUACUUCUGGCACUGUGGAUAAAGACGAGAGUUGUACAUUUCUUUAUAAUAAGAGAUGAAAAUAGUAGCUACAUACUUUAUGUAAAUUUAAUGUAAAAAAUAAAUGAAUUAAGUUAAGAAACAAAGCAGUGGUUUUAUAGAAUCUUUAUCUUAAAUAUGCUGUUGAGUGAAAUGUCAAUCAUCUCUUUGUUAUUGGACCUUUCAACCAAUCGGUGACCAGAGCCAUUUUUAUAUAGCAUAACGAGAACGUUGUUAUGACGAAUGAGAUGUAACUAACAAGCUGUGUGGCUAUUGGCUGAAAGGCAAGCUAUGAUUUAUACUACUGCUUGUUUUAACAUGUUUUUAACAGUUAACCUGUUUGAUAAAUAUUUAUAAAAGACACUGGUCUAUCAUUGUUAUGGGAACAAUCAUUACAAAAGAGACAAUUAUUGAAAUACGUGCUAAAUAACAUCCUUAAUUAAAAAAAACAAUCAGCAAUGAUUAGUCUUAUACUGUAUUAAUAUGGGUCAUACAGAAUAUUAUACUUUCAGGUAGACAGAAAGUCUCAUAUGGUUGUUAGUUCUUUGUAACCUUGAACAUCUGAUGUUUGAUAUUACGUUGUAAUUUAUGUACAAUAAAAUAACAAUUUAAUUACUUUUGGCUUAUCAUUGUGCUCCUACAGACAGAUGUUUCACUGUGUAGGCUACCUGUAGUUGUCUUCCACAAUUACAAUUGUGGGAACAAAGUCAUGAACUAAAGCCGUGAAGUAAUCAAUCUUGAGAUUCAUCCACACACAGAGCUUUGCAAACCUUAAGGAGAUGGAAAAAUAUGUUUGUUUGGGUUUUUGAGCUGAGGAAGUGGCACCAGUGUCUAACAUUCCUCCGGUCCUGAUGGAGCCUGGGACCUCUCAAUUGCAUGCUCCUCGCGUCCUGGGUUUUUGAGAAGGAGAUGAGGAGAGAGGACACGAGGAGUAUGCAAUUGAGAUCUUCCCAGGGCUUCUUUCUGGAGAAAUAAAGGCCAUCUUUAUGGAAACAAACUUCAACAGUUCUUUGGCUGUGUUUACACAAGCCAUUUUUUUCACUAAAUUGGUCUUUCGACCAAUCAGAUCAGUGCUGAAAAAUAUUUGAUGUGAAAAGAUCUGAAAUGAUUGGUCAAAAGACCAAUUAGUGGAAAAAAUAUCAGAAUUGGG